AGCAGUGAACCAUACCCAGUGGUGGAGGAGCCUCAUAAUUUUUAAGCGGGAACUGUAGAGAUGAAGUUUCCAAAAUUGGGCAUAUGCUUCUUCAUUUUGUUUUCCGCCGUGUCGGAAGCCGCCAGAAUCCAACUGCCCGGCAUUCCCUCGUCGGAAAGUCGCUUCGGCCUUUUCAUUUUCGGUGAUUCCUAUGUCGACGCCGGCAACAACAACUACAUCAACACCACCAGUGACUUUCAGGCCAACUUCCCGCCGUACGGUGAAAGCUUCUUCCAGAUCCCGACCGGCAGGUUUACCGACGGCCGUAACAUUCCCGAUUUCUUAGGUGAGUAUGCAAACUUGCCUUUGCUUCCACCAUAUUUGGAUCCUCACAAUAAUCUCUAUGAGCAUGGAGUCAAUUUUGCAUCUGGUGGAGGUGGAGCUUUAGCUCUGAGUCAUCAAGACCAGGCCAUUGGGCUUCAAACUCAGCUGAAAUUUUUCAAAAAUGUGGAGAAAUCGUUAAGAAAGAAGUUGGGAUAUGCAAGAUCUAAAACUUUCCUCUCUAACUCUGUUUUUCUUUUCAAUUUUGGAGGAAAUGAUUACCUAAAUCCUUUCGACAUUAGCUAUGACAUCUUCAAAACCAUUGAAGCUCAAGAACAUUACGUGAAUAUGGUGAUCGGAAAUAUAACGAUAGCAGUCAAGGAAGUAUACAAAUAUGGAGGAAGGAAAUUUGGGUUUUUGGCAGUGCCUCCUUUAGGGUAUAUGCCAAGUUCAAGAUUGAAAAAAAGUGCUCAAUUUUUCGAAGAGGCUUCUUCAAUAGCAAGGAUUCACAACAAGCUGCUCCCCAUUGCCCUUCAGAAACUUUCCAAACAACUCAAAGGAUUCAAAUACACUUUUGCGGAUGUUCACACUUUGCUUCUACAAAGAAUACUAAACCCUACAAAAUACGGUUUCAAGAUAGUGGACACAGCUUGCUGUGGGAGUGACGAAUUCAGAGGUGUUUAUAAUUGUGGAAGAAAGUUUGGAGAUCUCCCCUAUACACAUUGCGAGAAUCUUGAAGAUCAUAUGUUCUUUGAUUCCUUUCAUCCUACUCAAAAAGUUUUCAAGCAACUUGCAGAAGAGUUUUGGAGUGGAGAUGCUGAAAUUGUUAAGCCUUUGAACUUCAAACAACUCUUUCAAUAUGACUCAAAUUUGGCUUCUUAUUGAGAUUCUUAGGAGGAUAUGCCCUUUUUUCCCCCAAUCAUCUAGGGCGUUUGACUUCAUUGUUAUACUUAUGGAUUUUGAGAUCGAGAAAUCUUGGAAUCUAUAUGUUUAGGCAUCUCGAAAUGUUUCUUUCUAAUCUCAAGUGGCAACAUUUUAAUAUCGUUGGCUAUCGAAACUCGUGUUUGAAUAAAUGCUAGCUAGUUUGUUGAAUCAA